AUGUUGUUGGCUCUCCCGCUUGAGCUUCGCCUGAAAAUCUACAUGUUCUACUUCAUGUCAGUCACAAUUUAUCUCGGAGACCCUCGCCCAGCUGGAAUAUUCUUUACAGAAAGAUACGGGCCGAAAUACGACCCGCUAGCGAUCCUUCGUACCUGUCGCCAAAUAUUUCGUGAAGCGGGCACUCUAUUCCUUGGAAGCGUUAAAUUCUCUACUGAUCACCCUGAUUACUCGGUCUGUCACUUUAAUCGAUUACAUCUGCAGCUUCGUUCGAGGAUCCGCCAUGUGGAGCUUAGAUUGGCCUCUUUCACCUGGCUUCUGUCCGAAAUACCGGAAUCUUCGAUUGCAUAUAGGUUUAAUCUGAUACCCGGUCUUCGGCUGGAUACACUUACUGUCUAUGGAACGAAGUCGUGUUAUGACCUUGUUGACGGAUUCGUGAAGUUUGGUAAUGGUUGGAAAGAAUUACGAAUCAUUGUCCCAUCGUUAAAUGCGGAUGCGUUUAAAAAAGUCGUCGCCAUGGCAGCUCCAGAUGCAAUGGAAACACAACGGCCAACAAUUACUUGGCAAUCUUUGAUUGAGGAGCGCGAUGGCACUGACUCCAACGCGUCCGUGUCUCUCUACUGCACAACACAGCCCUGGAUAAUCAAGUCCGUACUAGAUCCAUCUACGCGAGAGCUGGUUUCGUCAACAAAUCUGCAGGAUCUGGCCUCAAAAAAGGAAAUUGGCGAGUUAUUGUUCAUUUUGAAACGUGGCGAAGGCGCUACUUACGCCGUUCACCAUAAUACAGCCAGAGCAGCAGUUCAAGAAUUGGCCUCCCAGCGCGAGAAAAGUGAAGACCCGUCGUUAAAGGAAGCUAUAGAAUGUAUGAGGGAGUUUGAUCCGAUACUCAACAGGAUUAGGGCCGAGGCUGAGUAUGCUUCCAGGUGGGCUUCGUGGCAGGGAGCAACGUUGUGA